CUUGCGGAAGAUGAAGAUCUGUUGCCUCUCCUUCCGGCAGCCUUAUGCUGGCUUUGUCUUAAACGGGGUCAAGACCUUGGGGACACGUUGGUGUCCCCUGCUCGGCAGCCACCAGAACCAUACCAUCACCAUCCACAUUGUUCACAGGGACUGGAAAGACGACGCCUGUCUGGAGCUGCUGCAGGGGAGGCUCGGGAUGACGCCCGCUGAGAAUCAGGCCUUGCUUCGGGAAUGGGAAAAGUUUGGCCGAGGACUGGUAGCUGGGCUCGUUGACAUUGGCGAAAUGUUAGAGUGUACGGAAAACUUAUCUCCUGAGGAAGUUGUGGAAUUGGAAAAGCAAGCUGUCCUGGCCAACCUGCAGCAGAAGUACCUGACUGUGAUUUCCAACCCCAGGUGGUUACUGGAGCCCUUACCUAGCAAAGGGGAAAAGGAUAUAUUCCAGGUUGACAUCCCAGAGUACCUGAUCCCUUUCGGCCAGAAGGUGUGAUGUGUGUGGGCUCUUGAGAGGAAUGUAGCUGAGAAACCAGCUAAAUAAUGGCACCGUUGAUUCGCCAUCUUCGCGAAUGUGCAUGUAGAUCAGGUUAAGUGUGAAUUACCUGUGUGUUGUACAAUGAUUCCUACUACAUGGCGUUCACAGAAACGGGUUUCUGUUGUCACAAGAAGGGAAUAGGGGGUAUUGCUGGUCAUUUUGUUUCUACUAAU